AUGGCCCCCCUAGGACCCCACCGGAGGGAGCUCGUCCGGGCAUGGAAAAAAGGGUCCCGGGGUCCCGACGAGGCGGCCGCGGUUUACGGUAAUAGAGGGGCCCGGUAUCCCCCUUCGCCUUCGCGACCCAGCCGUGACUGCGGGAGGAAGCUUUCCCGGGGUGCCCCCCCGAUACCGGCAGACCCAACCGCGCGACGCGGCUCACGUUGCAGGCAUGAGGCACCGACACGUCCCGACUGGAGACGCCGUGUCUUCCCGCCUACAACUACCCUCCGGAGCCGUUUCUCCAUGGAUCCUGUCAAACUGCGCUCGCCGUACCGAAAAUCUGUGUCGGGGGAACCGAUUUGUAUGUGUCUGAUCGAAACUGGGCCCCACUGCCGCCUGGGCCACAGCGCUCCUUCCCGUCGACCGAGCUGA